AGCUGCUAUUUUGGAGUCUGCUAAAGAGUUUAUUUCUCUUUAUUUCUGAAGAGCAGCCGCCAAAAUAACAUUUCGAGACGUUUUAGAAGAAGAAAUGUGACGAAAUAGAGGAUUAUAGCAGCACCGAAGAGAAGAAGGAAAGAAGAUAAACACUGUGUUUGUGGUCGUUUUUCACCUGGACAGUUGAACUAGAAGAACCAGCAGAAGAUGCAGCGUACACGCUGUAAACUCUGACAAACCUGCAGUUCCAUCUCCGAGUUUCAUUCAAGGAUUGAGGAAAAUCCAGGGUGAAGCAGGGAUGGAGGAGAGAUGGAGGAGACCGGAUGAAGUCGGCCUGGACGCCUCCAGACCUGCAGCGUUCACGUCAGAGCUGCUGCAGACACGAGACAGGAAAGAUCUCAUGUUCCCCACAGAUGUUCACCAGUUGGUGAUUAAAGACGAGGUCACGUGGAGCUGCAGCCUGGACCCGCAGGACCCCGAGCCCUUCCACAUAAAAGAGGAACAGGAUGAACUCUGGAGCAGUGAGGAGGACGAGCGGCUUCAUGGGCAGGAGGAGACUGAAAUCAUCAGGGUAUCUUCUGUCGAUGUCUCUGUGAAGAGUGAGGAUGGUGAAGAGGAACCCGAGUCCUUGGGGCUUCAUCAAAUCAAAGCUGAGGACAACACGGACAAAGAGUCUCCCACCAGCAGCUCAGCUGAACAGAUGAAGGCAGAAGCUGAUGAAGAAGACUGCGGAGGUGCAGAAGAUCCAAACGGUGCUUCACAACCAAGUGGUGAAAGAAUGGAAGAGUGCUUUGAAACUGAAGUUAUUAUCGAUAAAGAUGAAGAAGAGGAUGUUUGGCAGGAACCCUUUUCAGAUUCUGGACCUGAAAGUGAAGACGUCGAUCCUGAUUGGACAGAGACCGGAGCGCCUGAGUCGGGUGACGACGGAUGUAAAACUGCCAAACAAUCCUUCAGCUGCUCUGAGUGUGGUAAAACAUUUCUCUAUAAGCAUUCGCUUAAAAGACACGUGCAGCAGAGUUCAGGACUGGAGUCGUCCGGCUGCUGUAGGCUGAAGCAACACGAGGACCCGCAGAGGAGAGGCCGCGCGGCAGAGAAACGCUUCGGCUGUGACGUUUGUGGCAAAAAAUACAAACGCAAGGGGAAUUUAAACGUACACUCGAGGCUCCAUACGGGGGACAAACCCUUCAGCUGUGAGAUAUGCAGUAAAAGAUUUUACCAAAAGGGAAAUCUGAAUGUGCACGUAAGAACUCACUCGGGGGACAAACCGUUCGUCUGCGACGUCUGCGGCAAAAGAUACGACCGAGAGGGAAGUCUGAAGGAACACAUGCGAGUCCACACCGGAGAGAAGCCGUUCAGCUGCCACGUCUGCGGCAAAAGGUUUAACCAAAAGGGAAAUCUAAACGUGCACCUACGGGUCCAUACGGGAGACAAACCGUUCAGCUGUGAGGUUUGUGGAAAGAGGUAUGACCGAAAGGAAAAUCUGAAGGUCCACAUGAGAGUCCACACGGGAGACAAGCCGUUUGUCUGUGACCACUGCGGUAAAAGAUACAACCGCAAACACGUCCUGCAGGAGCACAUGAGCGUCCACACGGGGGAAAAGCCCUUCAGCUGUAACGUCUGCGGUAAAAGGUUCGCCUUUCCAGGAAGCCUGAGGACGCACAUGGUCGGCCACAGAUCAGAGAAACCGUUCACUUGUGGCGUUUGCAGCAGAACUUUUAACCAAAAGGGACAUCUGAAGAAACACAUGAACGUCCACAACGGAGAGAAAACAUUUACGUGUACCAGAUGUGACAAAAUGUUUAAAAACUGGGAAUCUUUUCAGAGGCACGUGAAAGGAAAAUGUUCCUCCGUUUGUUUGGGGAAAAGAGACACGUAACAAAGCGGCAUUGCCUCAAUCACAUCAUUUCAAGUUCUGCCCAGAAGUGUGCCAAUUUGUGUACAGAAAACAACUAAACUAAAUAUAUAUAAUAUAUUAGUGUGUGAUCUGUUGGAUCCUGUCGUCAAAGUGUUUGCAAGGACUCAAGCAGUGAUUUUACCUCACCCUUCAAGACUACAGGUCUCCCUAAAAACUCAGACAACUACAGCUGACCCAGAAUCCCGCUGCCCGAGUUCUCACCAGAACUUAGAAAGUGGACCACAUCAGUCCAGUUCUGAGGUCCUUACACUGGCUCCCUGCACCUCAGAGAACAGACUUUAAAUAAAAUACUUCUGUUCGUUUAUAAAUCACUGAAUGGUUCAGGACCAAAAUACAUCAGCUUUCAGCUUCUAUGCCCCACAGAUCUAGAACAAACUUCUAGGAAACUGCAGGAACGCUGAAAUCCUCAGUUCCGUUAAAUCAAGGUUAAAAACUAAUUGUUUCCAGCUGCCUUUGACUGAAUUAGGAAACCAUCUGAAUUUAGAAUAAUGUUCAUUUCAGUACUAAACUUUAACUGUAGUUUAUUCUGUUUUUUUAUUCUGCAACUGCACUGCAACUUCCUCCUUACUUUCUAUGUUUUUAUCAUGUAAAG